AUGUCUGCAUCCUUGCUGUGCAACCUACGGGAAACCACUGACAAACUGAUUUAUGGUCUCAGCUUGCCGCGUCAAGCAGCGGGGAUGGCGAACGAUUCAACUGAUGUCACGGAGAUCGCAGUGCUCCUAAUGCAAGCGGAACGUAUGCCCGAAAAUUUGGGAGAUGUGCUUGAUGAUAUCAUCUUUCUAGGACAAGGUCUGCAAUCGAUCCUUGCUCUGAGUGCUUCCCGAGUAACAUGCGUCAUAGAACGGAUUGUUCAAAGAUCGUCAAGAUCACCAAAAACGAGCAUCACUCAUGCAGAGAAAGAGCGUCGCAAAGCUCUGCUCGUCGCCAUUCUCACCCGAAGCCUGCAGAGGCUGGAGGAGUGGAUGAGCGAGUUCGCCAACAAGCCGGACGUGAACUUCACUGUCGGCAGGGACCGCUACACUCCUCUGAUGCUCGCGGCGAUGCGAGGGGACAUGGAGGUUGUGAGGAUCCUUGUGGAGAAGAUGAAAGCAAACAAGCAUGCGAAGACAUACCGCGGCGACAAGAGCGCGGCGGACUUGGCGGAGGACGAGGAGAUAAAGAGAUACUUGUCGGCUCAGGGUUGA